UUUUGGAAUUUGGGAAUUUGAUAUUCAAAACAGGCCCCUACCCAGUCCUUAUGCAAAACAUUUUAUAUCUUGGACAUAAUUAGAUCAGCUAUAUAAUUGAAACAAAGGAAGACACAGAACCACACCCUCACUAGGUUUCCUCCUUAACCUUACACUGCUAAAACAGCAAAUGGCUCAGCUUAACCUCAUACUUGUCUGGUUACUCUUCAUAAGUCUGUGCCUUUAUUCAUGUCCUACUUCGGCCCAGCUAAGUCGACACCACUAUGCGAAAACAUGCCCCAAUGUUGAAAACAUUGUGAGAGCAGCAGUCAAAAAGAAAUUUCAUCAAACAUUUGUCACAGUUCCUGCUACCAUUCGUCUCUUCUUCCAUGAUUGCUUUGUGCAGGGUUGCGAUGCUUCGGUUUUGGUAGCAUCCAAGGGAAACAACAAAGCAGAGAAGGAUCACCCUGAUAAUCUUUCACUAGCCGGAGAUGGGUUUGACACAGUGAUCAAAGCAAAAGCCGCAGUAGAUGCUGUUCCUUUGUGCAGGAAUAAAGUUUCAUGUGCUGAUAUUCUAGCCAUGGCAACCCGGGAUGUUAUUGCACUGGCUGGUGGACCUUUCUACGAGGUUGAAUUGGGAAGAUUUGAUGGGUUGAGAUCUAAGGCUUCUGAUGUAAAUGGGAGGCUUCCGCAGCCAGGCUUCAACCUGAACCAGCUUAAUUCCCUGUUUGCGGCCAACGGGCUUACUCAAACUGAAAUGAUAGCACUUUCAGGUGCUCACACCGUUGGAUUCUCUCAUUGCAACAAAUUCUUCAACAGAGUGUAUAAUUUCAAUGGUAAAAGUAGAGUGGACCCUACAUUGAACUUGAAAUAUGCAGCAGAGCUAAAAUCAAUGUGCCCAAGGAAUGUGGAUCCAAGAAUUGCCAUUGAUAUGGACCCAACCACUCCACGGGCAUUCGACAACGUUUACUUCAAGAAUCUUCAGCAGGGAAAGGGCCUGUUCAGCUCAGACCAAGUGCUCUUCACGGACUCAAGGUCCAAGGCCACGGUAAAUGCCUUUGCCAGUAACAGCAAAAUCUUCCAUGCUAACUUCGCCGCUGCCAUGACCAAAUUGGGCCGAGUUGGGGUCAAGAAUGCACAGAAUGGUAACAUUCGAACCGAUUGUUCGGUUAUUUAAUUUACGACAAACAGCCCAAGUUGUUGUAAUGUUUAAGGAUGAGAGUAUUAUCAACUUAUGGGAAUACAUUAUGUAUAUUUGUUUUCCUUUAUGUUUAAAAUCGUAAGUACUGAAAGUAGCUAAUUUCUCAGCUGGCAUGAUUUUUUUGGGGGAAGUCAAUUU